CAGCAAUCAGAGCGCUCCCCCUCACAUCAGUGGCAUGCUUCAUGGAGAUAUGCUCCUCUCACUGCCCUCUGCACCAGCAACAUGGAUUGUCAUCUCUCCAUCCUCCUCCUUCUCACCAGCUCUGUUCUCUACAGCUUCGGGGAACUGAUUCUCCAGCCUUCCAAUGAAGUCAAUCUGCUGGAUUCAAAAACAAUUCAAGGGGAGCUGGGCUGGAUCUCUAACCCAUCACAUGGGUGGGAAGAAAUUAGUGGUGUUGAUGAGCAUUACACACCCAUCAGGACAUACCAGGUGUGCAAUGUGAUGGAGCACAGCCAAAAUAAUUGGCUGAGGACAAACUGGGUCCCCAGGAACUCAGCUCAGAAGAUCUACGUGGAGCUCAAGUUCACCUUACGGGACUGUAAUAGCAUCCCAUUUGUUUUGGGAACUUGCAAGGAGACUUUCAACCUGUACUACAUGGAGUCUGAUGACGAUCAUGGGGUCAAGUUCCGGGAGCAUCAGUUUACAAAGAUCGAUACCAUUGCAGCUGAUGAAAGUUUCACUCAAAUGGAUCUUGGGGAUCGUAUUCUUAAACUCAACACUGAAGUUAGAGAAGUAGGUCCUGUUAACAAAAAGGGAUUUUAUUUGGCUUUUCAAGACGUGGGGGCCUGUGUUGCUUUGGUGUCCGUGAGAGUGUACUUCAAAAAGUGCCCAUUUAUAGUGAAGAAUCUGGCUAUGUUUCCAGACACCGUACCCAUGGAUUCCCAGUCCCUGGUGGAGGUCAGGGGUUCUUGUGUUAACAAUUCCAAGGAGGAUGAUCCUCCCAGGAUGUACUGCAGUACAGAAGGCGAAUGGCUUGUACCCAUUGGCAAGUGUUCAUGCAACGCUGGGUAUGAAGAAAGAGGUUUUGUAUGCCAAGCUUGUCGACCAGGUUUCUACAAGGCUUUGGAUGGUAACAUGAAAUGCACUAAGUGUCCACCUCACAGUACGACUCCUGAAGAUGGUUCAGUGAACUGCAGGUGUGAGAAUAAUUACUUCCGAGCAGACAAAGACCCUCCAUCCAUGGCUUGUACCCGACCUCCAUCUGCACCAAGAAAUGUUAUCUCUAAUAUAAACGAGACCUCGGUUAUCCUGGACUGGAGUUGGCCCCUGGACACAGGAGGCCGGAAAGAUGUUACCUUCAACAUCAUAUGUAAAAAAUGUGGGUGGAAUGUCAAACAGUGUGAGCCAUGCAGCCCAAAUGUCCGCUUCCUUCCUCGACAGUUUGGACUCACCAAUACCACAGUGACAGUGACAGACCUCCUGGCACACACUAACUACACCUUUGAGAUUGAUGCCAUUAAUGGGGUGUCCGAGCUGAGCUCACCACCAAGACAGUUUGCUGCAGUCAGCAUCACGACUAAUCAGGCAGCUCCAUCACCUGUCAUGACAAUUAAGAAGGACCGGUCAUCCAGAAACAGCAUCUCUUUAUCCUGGCAAGAACCCGAACACCCAAAUGGGAUCAUAUUGGACUACGAGGUCAAAUACUAUGAAAAGCAGGAGCAAGAGACCAGUUAUACCAUUCUAAGGGCAAGAGGCACAAAUGUCACCAUCAGUAGCCUCAAGCCUGACACUACAUACGUAUUCCAAAUCCGAGCCCGAACAGCAGCUGGGUAUGGGACCAACAGUCGCAAGUUCGAGUUUGAAACGAGUCCAGACUCUUUCUCCAUCUCCGGUGAAAACAGCCAAGUGGUAAUGAUUGCCAUUUCAGCGGCUGUGGCAAUUAUCCUCCUCACAGUCCUCACCUAUGUUUUGAUUGGAAGGUUCUGUGGCUAUAACAAGUCAAAACAUGGGGCAGAUGAAAAAAGACUUCAUUUUGGGAAUGGACAUUUAAAACUCCCAGGUCUCAGAACUUACGUUGACCCACACACGUACGAAGACCCUGCCCAAGCAGUUCAUGAGUUUGCUAAGGAAUUGGAUGCCACCAACAUAGCCAUUGACAAAGUCGUUGGAGCAGGUGAAUUUGGAGAGGUGUGCAGUGGUCGCUUAAAACUCCCAUCCAAAAAAGAGAUUUCAGUGGCCAUCAAGACCUUGAAAGUGGGCUACACUGAAAAGCAGAGAAGAGACUUCCUGGGAGAAGCAAGCAUUAUGGGACAAUUUGACCAUCCCAAUAUUAUUAGACUGGAGGGAGUUGUUACUAAAAGUAAACCAGUUAUGAUUGUCACAGAAUACAUGGAGAAUGGUUCCCUGGACAGUUUUUUACGUAAACAUGAUGCCCAGUUUACAGUCAUCCAGCUAGUGGGGAUGCUUCGGGGGAUAGCAUCUGGCAUGAAGUACCUCUCGGAUAUGGGCUAUGUUCACCGAGACCUCGCUGCUAGGAACAUCUUAAUCAACAGCAAUUUGGUGUGUAAAGUUUCUGAUUUUGGACUUUCACGUGUUCUAGAAGAUGAUCCAGAAGCGGCUUACACAACAAGAGGAGGAAAGAUUCCAAUCCGGUGGACAUCACCAGAAGCUAUAGCCUACCGCAAGUUCACAUCAGCCAGCGAUGUAUGGAGUUACGGGAUUGUGCUCUGGGAGGUGAUGUCCUAUGGAGAAAGACCCUACUGGGAGAUGUCCAAUCAGGAUGUAAUUAAAGCUGUGGACGAGGGCUAUCGCCUGCCACCCCCCAUGGACUGCCCAGCUGCACUGUAUCAACUGAUGCUGGACUGCUGGCAGAAAGACAGAAACAACAGACCCAAGUUUGAGCAGAUUGUCAGCAUUCUGGACAAGCUUAUCCGGAACCCAGGCAGUCUGAAGAUCAUCACCAGUGCGGCAGCAAGGCCAUCAAACCUUCUUCUGGACCAAAGCAAUGUUGACAUCACUACCUUUCGCACAACCAGUGACUGGCUUAAUGGUGUCCGGACAGCACAGUGCAAAGAAAUCUUCACAGGGGUGGAAUACAGUUCUUGUGACACCAUAGCCAAGAUUUCCGCAGAUGACAUGAAAAAGGUUGGCGUCACUGUGGUUGGGCCACAGAAGAAGAUCAUCAGUAGCAUUAAAGCUCUGGAAACACAGUCAAAGAAUGGUCCAGUUCCAGUGUAAAGGGCUAUUUCUCAAAGAAAAUAAUGGCUGUGGAAGAUGUAGCAUCACUCUGCAGACAGAUGAUAAUGCUGGAGAUACUGGUGGAAGUUUCAAGCCCAAUAAGACACUCAUAUAUGAGUACAAAUGCCUUAAAAUGGAAUUGAAAAACUCUUUAUUUUCCCAUAUCACCUAGUGAAUUGGUGGGUGGGUGUAUUUUGUUUUGCAAUUGAUUUUUUUAUAUUAGUUGAUGGAAUAAAUUAAAAUUCUUCAGCACGAAAUGAUGAAGAACUAGCAUAGAGCCAUUGAUCAUAUACUGACUAUGAUAAAAGAGAAACAAGUGAAAUAACAAAAUGACAUAGUGGCUCUGUUUGCUGAUAGCCACAAAAGAAAAGACUUGUGAUAUUUUUAUACACAUAAGAAAUCUGUAACAGGUAUUUUUUUUUCUUUAAAAGCAAGCAAAACAGAGGAAUUUAUACCUCAAACUAUCUGGCCAUAUUUACUAGCUUUUCAUUGUAUUAUUAUCUUUUACCUGUUUAAAGCAUAUAGAAAUAAAGUUUGUAGUUUUUUUAAGUACUACAUAUUUUUAAUUGUUAGCUUCAUUAAGAAUUAUCAUGUAAAAAUGUCUUAAUUUUGAAGAAAAAUACAUAUUUAUUUUCUUUUGAAUUGUUUUUAUUGUUUUCUAUUUAUGCCUCAAUGAUUUAAUUUGGAUUUGCUAACAACCAAGUGCCAAAUACUCCUCAAACUGUCAGCAGUAGGAAACAUGUUGAACUAAACACAGAGAAUGAUGGGUUUCUUUCCGGAUUUUUGAAACAUCCACUUAUAUGUAUCUAUAUCUAUCUGUCUAUCAUCUAUCUAUCAUCUAUCUAUCUAUCUAUCUAUCUAUCUAUCUAGAAAAAAAGAAACCAAAUCCUUUUUCUCUUCAUCCACUAACCAAAUCUCUCACAGUCUGAAUUAUGUCAUAUGUUUUUGUCUCUCCAUUUAUUAUAAACGUAUGCUUUUAAUUUAAUAUGCUGGCUUGUAAGUAAUGGAUCGUCAAUGGCAUACCUGCCCUCCUCUGGAGUUUACAAAACCAUUAACUCCAUUCGUUGGUAAAGAAGCUAUGUUAGAGCUCUGAAAUAGAGAAUAGCUACAAUGGAAAUAAUUGAAAUCUUAUUUUGAUUGUUGUAUUAAUUGGCAAUACAGCCUAUUGGCUAUUGCAUGAGUAAAAAAAGAUCACUCAAUAUCUAUGCUUCAAAUUGCUGAGCUAUUUUUAGGGAAUGAUUAUAACUAAACUACUCAUUUGAAUAACUGAGGUUUAGUUAUGCUAAUUACACAUUGUGAUCAUCUAUAGCAGGUAUUGUUAUCUUGAAGAGUCUUCCACUGAAAUGCACCUGUUGUAAUUUUGGUGUAUAAAUUAGAGGCAUUAAAAUUUCUUUGCAUUUAUUGAGCAUAUAAUUUUCAAAAUAGUUUUAUUUUUGAGGUAAAUAAAAUGGUUAUCUAGCAAAAGAUUCAAAAUCUAUAAGCAGUAGAGAGAUCUCUCACUGUGGGACCUUAGACUAUUACAUAAAGGUGAAAUAUGAGCAUACUCAGUAAUAUUUAUAAAGCUGUACCUGGUGUAGAUCUAGCCACUAAUAUAUUGUGAAGCAACAUUUUAGCUCUGUAUUUUUUCUAAUGCUGAUAUGAUCAUAUUAAGGGAAUAAGAAAUGCAUAUGUCAUAAGAAUAGAAUGGCUAAAACAAUGCUGCAACCUUUAUGCUUCUAAUAAAAAAUGGAACAUUUUACAGAUUACAAUCAGAUCAAAUUCACAAGUGCUAAUCUGUUGUAAAUUUAGAGUAAUAAGGCUUAGGUUGUGUUUCUUCAUAUACAGGAUUAUUUCAUAAAAUUGGCAAUAAUUCUUACAGUCAAAUUAUCCAACUAGAAUUCUAUAUUGAAUAUAUAAGAGCAUGAAUUUUUUAAAAAGACCUAUGUCAUUAUGAAAUUAAUUACAAAAUUGCUUAACCCUGCUAGAAGCAGCUAAAACCAUUUUUAAUCAAAUAUUUUGUGUUGCAGAAUGUUAGAUUGAGAUCUGAUUCUGGCUUCACUUUCAUUUUAUCCCAGACUGGCAUUUACUUUUGUAGGUACUGUUCUGAGCAGACUCAAAAAAAUCUGUGCAUUUCAUGAAUUAAUUGAAGUUGAGGAUUGUUGAAUCUACUUCACUUAUUUUAGCUGUGAUUUCCAUUUGAAAGACGAGGUUAUAUACACAGUAUAUUGCCCUUCAUUUUUUCACUAUUUUUCUACCUGACCUCCUAUAAAUUUACUUUAUUUACAUAAUUCUUACUCUGUACAUAUGUAAACAUAACAGUGUACGAUUCUGAACUGUGGAGUAGAGGUACUAGAUGCUCAUGGCCAUCUCUUUGUACAGGAACUGCAUUGACUUUCAAUAAACAUGAAACCACAUCUCCACACAAUGGUAUGUACCAUAUUAUCUGUUCCAUAUCUUAAAUUUGAUUUACAUAUAUUAUUUAUUUCUGGCACCUUGCCAAGAUCAUUCUGUACUAAGUAUCAGUGAAACCAUGUAUAAAUGUGAUAUGAUUGGCAAUAUGUAUUUACUUUAAACUUGUACUUUCAAAACUACUCAUUUAGUUUAUGUUGUACAAUGUAGAUGGCCUCUUACUAAUGUAAAAUAAUUUG